UGAUUCCGCUUGAGCUGGCGCGACGAAAUCUCUCUCGGACAUCGAGUCCACCAACCUCACGACACGACGCCAGCGAUCGUUGUUUCUCGCACUUUCAAGCUGACCCAAGAUCGGGAUCAACCGUCCUCUGGACCCACGUUCCGUUUUACCUCGUUGAACCCAUGCAACAGCGCCACCGGUUAAUGAGGUUGGUUGCGCAUUCGACGGCGGUCAAUAUAAGAAACUGGUGGGCUUGCCGCAAAUGAAUUGUGAAAGUCUCCUCUGAGUCGUGCACGUUGCUGCUCCUCGUAGUUUCAAGCUGACCCAAGUUUAUCCUCUUCUUUCAUCUCUUUGACGGUUGGUCGUGGGAGUCCAUUCAGAAACAGAAAGAGCUUUCGCGUGGCUGUCUUGGCUUCGUGCCGCUUCAGUGAGCUGCAACUGAGACUUUAAAUUUCUUGAUAGGUCAGUUGAGGGGUCUGUGAUAAUCAGAGCUCAUAAUAAUCCAUGGGCUCUUAUUGAGACGGUCAUCUGCUGGCACUCAGUGACGAUGCAACAUUGAGUUUAUUGUCCCUGUGGACGCAGCAGCGUCAGAAUCAUGGAACGUUCAUGACUUGUUUUGGAAAUUUUGCACCGGUUUGUUAUAUAGGCAUCCUCAUUCAGUCCGUCAAUCUGUAAUAUACUAUGCUUGCUUUUUGCUAAAUCCUUGUAUAUCUGUGAGUCCAACUCCCGUCUGGGAAGCGUUCCGCCGUCGGAUAUUUCGAAAUGGAAAUGAAGAGAUUAUUAGUUAGUUUCGUUUUGCUGUGGCUCGCGACUGUGGCAGCUGCUGCCCCUUUCGCAAUCCUCAAAUCCCUGGGAAGGGGUCACCGAAUGAAGUCAUUAUAUGAAUUCGAAGACGGGUCGGGGUUUGUGGCUGACUUGGAGGUCAUUCAACACACGGACACCUACGGUCCUGAUGUCGGGGCCCUCCGCAUCAUUGCCAGGUACAAUGCCGACGAACAAAUGCACGUCCAUAUCACGGACUCCUCAAGCUCGAGGUGGGAAGUGCCUCGAGAUCUUCUUCCACGCCCUUCGGCGCUUGAGACGUCAUUGCAAGCACAAUCCUCUCCGCAGCGCCAGCUGCAGCUUUCGUACACAGCCGAGCCAUUUGGAUUCGCUGUAACAAGGAUUGCAACAGGAGAAACGCUAUUCAAUUCCACUCCUCCCGCCCAUCCGAGCGAAGAGGCGGCGUUCAACUCCAUGGUUUUCAAGGAACAGUACCUUGAAAUCUCCACGCAGCUGCCAAGAAAUAACUCCCUCUUUGGAAUCGGCGAGAGCACCCGCCCCGAUGGACUGCGGCUCACUCGCGGUAGAACCUAUACUCUCUGGGCAACGGACAUGGCUGCAUACACAGUGGACGUCGACCUCUACGGAGCCUACCCUUUCUACAUGGACGUUAGAGAAGGCGGUGCCACGCACGGCGUGCUGCUCCUGAACAGCAAUGGCAUGGACAUCUACGUCGGGCAGGAUCUCUUGACAUACCGCGUGAUUGGAGGCGUGUUGGAUUUUUACUUCUUCGCCGGACCAACGCCGCUUGCGGUGAUCGAUCAGUACACGAAGCUCGUAGGCCGGCCAGCGCCCAUGCCGUAUUGGUCUCUCGGAUUCCAUCAGUGCCGGUGGGGAUAUGACAAUAUCGAUGACCUCAAGGAUGUGGUAGAGAGUUACAAGAAGGCAAACAUCCCGCUCGACACUAUCUGGAAUGACAUCGACUACAUGGAGGCCUGCAAGGAUUUCACUCUGGAUCCCAUCCGCUACGAUGAGAAAAAGGUCCGGAACUUUGUGAAAGAGCUUCACGCCAACGGACAACAAUACGUCCUCAUCCUUGACCCUGGUAUAAGUGUGGCUUACAAAGAUUACAUCACGCUGGAGCGGGGCUUGAAAGAGAACAUCUUUCUCAAAAAUGAGUUCGGGAACAACUACUUGGCGCAGGUUUGGCCAGGCCCUGUUUACUUUCCCGACUUUCUUCACCCUAAGGCGGAUUCAUGGUGGACCACAGAGGUGCGAGACUUCUUCAACAAGGUGCCCUUCGACGGUCUGUGGAUUGACAUGAACGAAGCGUCCAACUUCUGCAGUGGGAAUCAAUGCUCCUUCACUCCAGAGAGCUUGACAGUGUUCGCCAACAAGAGCGACAGCAGCAACAACGAGUGUGUGUUGCAGUGCGUAGAGGGAGCUUCCCGCUUCGAUGAUCCCCCUUACAAGAUCGAUCAUGUCGGGAAAUACAGCAGCAUAGGCGAUAAGACGAUUGCGAUGACUGUGAAGCAUUGGAAUGGUGUCCUGGAGUACGACGCCCACAACCUUUACGGCUUGUCCGAGUCUAUUGUUACGCAGAAGGCUUUGACAACUGUGACGCAGAAGCGACCAUUCGUCCUCUCCAGGUCGACGUUUGUAGGCUCGGGUGCGCACACCGCACACUGGACUGGCGAUAACAAGGCCACCUGGGAAGAUCUGAAAUACUCCGUGGCGAGCAUCAUCAACUCCGGCAUGUUCGGCGUGCCUAUGGUUGGCGCUGAUAUUUGUGGGUUUGCGGGCAACACCACAGAGGAGCUCUGCAGCAGGUGGAUGCAAAUGGGAGCCUUCUAUCCUUUCUCCCGAAACCACAACGCCAUCGGAACCAUUCCCCAGGAGCCUUACAUUUGGGAGUCGGUCGCUGAAUCGUCAAGGAAAGCUCUUGGCCUUCGCUACCGUCUGUUACCUCAUUUGUAUACCCUCAUGUUUGAGGCAGCCAGGAGCGGUGCGCCAAUCGCUCGUGCUCUGUUCUUCUCCUUCCCCGAAGACCACAACACACUAGCUAUCGACCACCAAUUCCUGCUUGGAAGCAGCGUGAUGGUUUCCCCUGUUGUCGCACCAGGACACACCACAGUGGACGCUUAUUUCCCCAAGGGAACUUGGUACAAUUUAUUCGACUUCACCAAAAUCACGAGCACUGGUGAGAAGCACACUCUCGCCGCUCCUGCGGACACCAUCAAUGUACACGUACACGAGGGGCAAAUUCUGCCGAUGCAGGAAUCCCGUCUAACUUCCGCGGAGGUGAAGAGUACACCCUUCACUCUGAUAGUCGCAUUUGGCGAGUCUUCUUAUGCCACAGCCUCUGGCAAGCUGUUUGUGGACAACGGCGUGGACCAGGAGAUGGAGGUGCGAGAUGGAUCGUCGACAUUCGUGCAGUACUUCGCCGAGAGGUCUUCCUACGCAGGAUCUCUCGUGGGACGUGUGAUCUCUGGCGACUACGCCCUAGCGCAAGGACUGGUGUUACAAAACAUCAAGCUACUGGGAGUUUCUCACUCACCCAACUUCGUAACCGUCAACAACAACCGAAUCUCCUCACCGAAGCACCUGAAUUACGACAAGAAGCCAUCUUGUCUGGAAAUUUCGGGAUUGAACGUCACCGUGGGCCGAGACUUCGAGAUAAACUGGCACGCCGACGGGCUCAGACUCGCGUCGCAAUAAACGGGACUCGGAAUUGUGUCUCGUUCAACACUCGUUUUGUGAAUAUAUGCAUACCCUUGAGAGCAAAUUUUCGGCCCAGGAUGAUGCCACAACGCCGGAGGCCGCACGCCGUGAAAAACACCGCUAAACCCUAAACCCAUGUACAGAUUUCGGAACCCCAGUGCGAGCGUGGCUCGCAUGAAUCCGCUUCCCCUUUUGCAAAACCACCCAGAACGACGAGAAUGCUUGCGAAAUCAUCAAAGAUACAGAUUCUUAGAUGCCUCAGAGUCUUCAUUCAGAAUCUUUUAUGUACAAAUCCGGGUUAUCACGAUAUACUUUUGUAUUUAAAUGUAGAUUUUUUUAAUGGCUCUAUCAAACGUUUAUGAAUUUCCUCU